GCAGUGCUGAAGAAGGAGGCCUUUAGUUUCAGACUAACAUCCCUCUCGUGGUGUGAAAACUGUGGUUAUAUCUGCUGAUUAUCGGACUGCUCCGUUUGUUCUGUCAGCUCUUCUGUCCAUCAACCCAACUGGAGCUGUCCGCCUGGCGAGCGCGCCUCGCCGUGCGCGAGCACCGCUGUUUGUUUGUGUUGAGAAAAUGGAAAUGGCGGAGAGCAGAAACCAAAGCGAUAACUUGGAUUAGCAAACGGGGUGCUCCGUGUCCGAUACGCAGAAAACAACCGCAGGUGGUUCCCGGAGUUGCCCGCGAGUCGCUGCUGCUGACCGGAUACAAUUCGUCCCCCAGGAGGAGAAAAGGAUUUACGGAGUGAAGUCAGAGGCCAACAGGCUCCUUCCUGCACCUGGGAUGGUGCCAUGUGACGGGGUGGCUGCGGAGCCAUAACCCUACCGUCAGCGCUUUGUCGCCUCAGCCUGAAGCUGCUAGCCCACCUCUGAUCUCUGAACUGAUCCCUGAAAAAGCCCCCUCUCCCCCCCAUGAGUCAUCUACUGGAGCCCUAGAUCAAGUCAGUUUCAGCUGAAAAUGAGCGCAGUAGGGGAAAGCCCCCUGGACCCUGCCAUGCAAGAGUCACGCAAGAGGAAGGGCUCACCAUGCGACACAUCGGGGCAAAGUUUGGAGAAGAGGAGACGGGAACUGGAGUGCCGUUACAUUGAGGAGCUGGCUGAGCUGCUGUCCACCAACAUGAGCGACAUCGCCAGUCUCAGCGUGAAGCCCGACAAGUGUCACAUCCUCAAGAGCACCGUGGACCAAUUCCAGCAGAUCAAACGGCGUGAGCAGGAAAAAGCAGCUCUCCUAUCACCAGAUGAUGAUGUGCAGAAGAGCGACAUUUCGUCCAGUAGCCAGGGGUUGGUGGAGAAAGAGGCGCUGGGCCCCUUGCUGCUGGAGGCCCUUGAUGGGUUCUUCUUCGUUGUCAACCGCGAGGGCCGCGUCGUCUUUGUUUCUGAGAACGUGACGAGUUAUCUUGGAUACACCCAGGAAGAGCUGAUGACUUCAAGUGUCUACAGCAUCCUUCACGUGGGAGAUCACAAUGAAUUUAUUCGUAAUCUGCUGCCUAAAAGCCUCGUAAACGGCGUCCCCUGGCCACAGGAAGCAAGUCGCAGGAACAGCCACACCUUUAACUGUCGCAUGCUGAAGAGGCCACCGGAUGAGGCGGACUCUGAGAACCUGGAGGCCCGACAGCAGUAUGAGAUCAUGCAGUGUUUCACCGUAUCGCAACCGCGGGCCAUUCAGGAGGAGGCAGACGACCUGCAGAGCUGCCUGAUCUGCAUCGCCUGUCGGACGCCGCGCUCUCAGCCUGUCAGCACGGAGUCUUUUAUAACGAAGCAGGACCCCACAGGGAAGAUCAUCUCCAUAGAAACGAGUGCUUUGCGAGCGACAGGCCGGUCUGGCUGGGAGGACCUGGUCAGGAAGUGUAUCUACGCCUUCUUUCAGCCACAGGGCAAAGAGCCCUCCCACGCCAAGAAGCUGCUGCACGAGGUGAUGACCCACGGCACCGCUGUCAGCCCGCUCUACCAGUUCACCUUAAGUGACGGCACAAUGCUCAGCGCUCAGACUCGCUGCAAGUUCUGCUGCCCCCCCAACCCUGAUGUACAGCCCUUUAUUAUGGGCAUUCACACUAUUGACAGGGAACACAACACUGCUAGCUCUCAGGAAAACACUAACCCCAGCCUUCCAGCCACCCCCGAUCCAGUGACCCUUCGAUCUCCUUUGCUUCCUCCCGGCAGCAACUCGAACCAAGGCGCUGUCCCCCUUGCAACCUCCAGUUUCCACACCAACAACGGUAACACCUCCCCCCUCGGACACAGCCCAACCACACCAACAGGCUACCUGACGCCCAGUCGGACGAACUGUCCCCAGCAGGUCAACAGCCCUUCUCCUCUCAGCAGUCCACACACAGCCACCUCUACCUCGUUUAUGUCACCCAGGAUGCCGCGGGCUAGUCCUGGGUUAGGGGGGAGCCCUCGGGUACCUGGAAACCCCUUCUCUCCCUCCACACCAGGCCUCCAGUCCCCAGCGGGGGCGCUGAGCAGUGGAGGCAGCCUCAACAGGCAGCAUUCUGGUGGUGAUGGUAAUACUGGUGCAACUGGUGGGUCAUCCGGGUCUUUCCCCCUGUCCUCUCCUGGACUUCAGAGACAAGCCAGUACACCCAGCAGCUUCUCCACUCGGCCUCUGUCAGCAAAGUCCUCGGAGGAAGGGGAUGAGGACUCUUCUAAACUCCCACUUCCUUCUCCCUCUCAGCCGGGGAAUCCCAGACUCAGCCAGCUCCUGGACUGCAGUGGGACAGGAGCUGAAUGUAACAACAGCGUCCACUGCACCCCAUCACCUCAUCUACCUAACCCUUCCCCUGCCCCUCAGUGUCCCGCCUCCCACAGCAGUCUGACAGAACGACACAAGAUUCUGCACAGGCUGCUCCAAGACAGUAGUCCAAACGAUGCCUCCACCGCCACUGAGGUUGGAUUAAACAAAAACGACGUGGAGAUUAAGAAGGAGCCGCCUGUCAGUCCGGCACUGAGCACAGCCCCUCACAAGUCCGGCUCCAGAGAGCCACAGGACCACCAGUUACUCCGAUUCCUCCUGGACACGGAUGAAAACGAACUGGGAGAUCUUCCACCUCCAUCAGCCCUGAGCCUACAGACGGUCAGAGUAAAAGUGGAGAAGAGAACCAGCGGGGAUGGGCUGCCCUGUUCCGGUUCAGCUGUUGGAGCAUCCAAAGUAGUCGGAGUCUCCAGCAGCUCGGCGUGCAUCAGCCCCAAAUCCAGUCCUCUCGGAGACAACGGCCGAGACAGCAGAGACGUCACGAUAUCUCUCGGACCCGUUGAUAAAGCCCCUCUCAACCAGCUUCUUCCUGGCCUCAGAGGCCCGCUCGAGGCCAAACAGGGAAGCGAGGAGUUAGUAAAUCCCGGAGGAGGCCCCCAACUCCAGUCUCCGACCACCCUGCCUCCGGCUCCGCUCCAGUCCCCCGUGCCUCAGCUCCAUUCCCCCCUGUCUCAGCCUCAGUCCGUUCCACCGUUGCAGUCCCCGUCCCCCCAGCUUCACUCCCUGUCCCCGCGGCUCAAACUGCAAUCACCAACUCCUCUCCAGCCCGGCGAGGCCUGCACACCCUGCAGUGUAAAUGUGAAGAGAGAGCCUCUCGGCGCACCUAACAGAGGGCUCAGCGAUGGCGGUCCACCUUCCGACUGCAGCCUCCAGACGCAGUCGACGUUUGAUUUCUGCAAUCCUGCCACUCCAAGCCAACAACAGGCCCAGGGAGACCCCUCCCAGAACUCCAAAGACAGCAGCUCUUUUCCAGAGGCUGAAGUUAUCAACCUUUUUGGUCCAAGCAUGGGGCUAACCAAAAUGGAUGUGGGAGACUCCCAAUUCCAGCCUCUGGCCCUGUCCGAAUCCUUGUCCUUUGAUGGAAUCGUAGCUCCUUUACAGGCUUCCUUAGCAUCACCUCAAGAGCAGUGUGUGCCCUGUACACUGGACGAAGAACUCGUACCCCCGAUCACACCCGAAGGCCGAAACGAUGAGAAGGCUCUGAUAGAGCAGCUCGUCUCCUUUCUCAGUGGGACGGACGAGAGCGAGCUGAUCGAACUGGACAAGGCCCUAGGGAUCGACAAACUGGUACAGGGUGGCUGCUUCGACCCUUUUCCACAGAAUUUCCUUUCCCAGCAACCUACUGCCACACCAGUUCCCAUGGACUCCAAAGCCCCCACCUACACUUCCCAGUUAACACCAGCUUCACAGUUUCCUCCAGAGCUGGCCGUGGCGGGGCAACAGGGUCAGGGGUUUGGAGCCCCUCGGGGGGCGUUCCCAGGCGGGACAGCGGGUGUUGGGUUGAGACCAGGAAUGACCAGACCGACAGGGACGGGGUUGGGCGUGCAAGUCAGGCUACCGCCCAACCAGCUGCGUCUGCAGCUGCAGCAGAGGCUGCAGGGUCCACAGCAGAACCGGCUGGCGGCCAUGAAUUCGUUUCCAGGAGGAGCCCAACCGGUGAACAAUGGGAUUCGUCCGGAAGUUCAGCAACCCCAGAUGCCCUUACAGCAGCCUCCGCUCAAUGCUCAGAUGCUGGCUCAGCGCCAGAGGGAACUCUACAGCAUCCAGCACCGACAGCGCCAGCUGUUCCAGCAGAAGGUCAUGCUCAUGAGACAGAACAUGGCGGCUGGGACGGUAAGCCCAGUUGGAGCUUCGAGGAUCCCCAAAGUCCCCCCCACGACGUCCCAGCAGCAGUUCAACUUCCCACCAGGGUACAACGCGAUGACGCGAAACACCCCUACCUCACCUAGUCACUUCAGCCCCGUGUCGGGGGGGCCUCUGGACAGCAAGCUGUCCAUCAGAGUUCCUCUGAGCAGCCAGACGCUGAUGGGUGGCUUGCAGGGCCAGUUCGAUAGCAACGUAAACUCCUCAUUGCAGCAGGGCCUCUUUCAGCAGUUUGGGGGGUCUGCUGUGGUCCAACAAGACCCACCAUUUCCUCCUGAGUUGAGCCCCACCAGCCCGUUGUUAUCACCUCAGAACUCCACCUCCCAGAGUCCUCUGCUCCAGCAGGCCCCACCCCCUGGCUACCAGUCACCAGACAUGAAGAGCUGGCAACAGACAGGCAUGGGCAGCCUGUUCGGUCAGUCGGGGCAGGGUGCAGGGCAGCCGUUUGGCCAGCAGGGGGUCUACAACAACAUGAGCAUCACUGUCUCCAUGGCUGGAGGCUCUGGUGGUGUCAGCUCUUUACCUCCCAUGGGACAGGCGGUCGGAAUGAGCAACAGUGACCUCAGCGACGUGAGUUCAGUGUGCAGCGACCAGCAGGUGCAGCAGGUUCAGGUGUUUGCAGAUGUCCAAUGCACAGUGAACCUCGUUGGCAGCGACUCCUACCUGAACCAGGGCGCCAUCGGGUCGGCGGCCCCUCAGAAGGGCCCUGGAGCGCAGGGCCCCCAGAGCAACCAGGCCCAGCAGAAGAGCCUCCUCCAGCAGCUCCUCACUGAGUGACACCCCUAGCCCGUUAGCUCUCUUGCUCCCCUCUCACUUAAACGCCUCCUCCCUGGAGGUUUGGUGCACCAGACCCAUUGCUGUCUCUGUCUCACCUUUUGGACGGAUGGACGAAUGGAUGGAAAGAUGGACGGAUGGCCACAGAGUAAGCCCGUGGAGAGGUGUGGCUGUCCGUGGAGCCCUAACCACUUCUUUGCAGGGGGAUUCGGGGCCGGUUGUCUCAGCGCCCAGUAAUUAGAGAAAACCAGAAGGAGCAGCAGUGUGUUCAAACCUGCCUGUCUAAUCUGUCUGACAACCUGUCUCUCUGCCUCAGCCUAUUGAAGGCAGUGUUGUCUUGCUGCUCAUUUCUCUGUGACCUACUUCCUGCUUCCUGACCCAAGAAAACAACUGCAACGUCAUUGUAGAUUUGCCAAGUUGUUGUCACUGUCCAAUCAGGGCCGACCUUGUAUUUUAUUAUUAUUAUUAUUUUUAAGAUUUUUCCUCUGAUCAGACGGUUUUUUCGUGCCGUUGCAGCAGCAGUAUCUUGGGAGACGCAGCGUCUGAGUGGGAGCGUCCCACGCAGCAGCACCUCUGGCUUUUUGUGUUGGUUUUUCAUUUGUCGUCUCUUUCUGUCUCUCAGCGAUGUGGGAAUGUUUUAAGGUUUCCGACCUCUGCGGCAUUGUGGGAUAGAAGCUCAGUAUCAGCUGGUUCUGUCACUGUUUCUAUCAGCUACAGUGCCUGAUGGAAGUGUGAGUUUUUUUCCCAAGCUCUGCUUCUUCUUUUUCAUAUUUUUCUAUUCUGUUUUUAUUUUUCUGUUUUGGUUGGACUGUUUAAAAUCUUCUGCUCUCACCAUCAUCGUCAUCAUCAUCGUCGUCAUCAUCUUCAGAACAGUCUUUGACAACAACCAGGAUGGAUGGAUGGAUGGAUGGAUGGAUGGAUGGAUGGAUGGAUGGGAGACAAAGGGGAUGCUGCUCAUUUUGGAACUUAGAUGUCUUUCCCCUUUCGGGAGGAGGUUUUAUUUUUGUCAAAGUAUAAAAGAGACUGUUAUGAUAAUUUAACUGUUUGUCCGUCACAUUUUACCCUCACCUCAGCAGCUGUGAAAACGGAGUCCCGACGGGCUCCGCCUCUCCUUAUCUCUGUGUAUCUUCACUCUUUCUCUCAGCCUAUCAGUGUUGUUUGCCAGGUGCACCAUGCAGGCGGGUAGUAUUGUACAGACAGAAGGACAAAGACUUGGGAGUGAGCUAACUCAUCUCUUGUAACUCCUUUCCUUUAAAAAAAAAGUGUAAUUGAUAACUCAGAACAGCAAAACUAUGUAUAAUGUGAUUUGAAUCUUUUCUUUUGUUUUUGUUUCCUCAGUUCAAAUCUGGUUCUAAAAAUGUCCGCUCAUGUCUUUGGGAUUAUUUUUGGCAUCUUAUAACACAUUACACGUUGCGACGGGGGAGGAAAUUAUUCCAGCUUCUAAAAUGUGAAAAUUUGAAGCAAUUUGAUUUCUUUUAAAGCAAAUUAUCUAGAAGAUGCUCCCUUUUGGCAUCCUGGUCAGCGGGAGCUAGUUAGCCUUUUAUUCUUUUCAUUUCAGAAAUAUUUUUCCAUGUACUGUUUGAACAAAACUAUUAAGAAAAGGCCUUCAGACGGUACAUGUUUGUGUAAAACUUUAUAAAUCGUGUUCUUUGCUGCGGCUUUUGGCAGUUUUGUGCUUUUAAUCGCAACAAACGACUCGGUUUUUUGAUUCCCGUUUAGCGACUCUUGAGUAGACGUUAGUUUUAGAACUUCCUAACAAACAUGAUUAAUUCGAAGCUGUCAUCAAUUUGAAUCAAAACUAAAAGGAUAACGAGAAGGUAAAUUCAUUUCCUCCUGACCUAACAGUGUUGUUCCCAUUAAGGAUUAUUAUUUUGUUUGUGAGGAUUACAUAAUCCUAAUCCCCUCCCAAAUGAUGACUUCACUCCACUGGUUGCUCACAUGUACAGUUUUCUGUUGACUACUGUUGAUCAGUCAUACACUGUCUCUGAGUGACAUCACACAGCUUUUAUUCUUUUGUUGACAAAGUUUUAUGGAGAGAAAAAUCCACUUUUUAUGCACAGAAAAUUUUAUGAGAUAUUUCCUCAAAAUAUUCUUUAAAUGAUUGCAAACAGAAUCUCUGGAUAUUCUAUUGAAAUGUUUAAAUUAGCUUAGACACGCGGCGCCCAAAGGUUUUAAAAUAAUAAUUGAAUGUUCUGAAAAUGUGUUUAAAAUUGAGGACUGAUGGUUUCAGGGAGCGUCAGUGAUUCAGUCCGAUCGGAUGAUUUUAUUCCACCGUCUGUGCUUCAGCGCAACGAAACUAAUGCUGCGCUCCCGGAUUCGGUCAGUCCUGUGUGACUUUUUAUUUUCUUCCUUUCUGUCAUGAGAGAUUGGUGGUGAGCGAUUGUGUCACAGAGAGAGAGAGAGAGAGAGAGAGCGCUUUCAGAUGGAAGGAGAUUUCAUUGCGUUGUUAAUCUCAAACUACCAACUCAUCGCUCACGUUAGACCAACAAGUCUGAUGCUAAUUCUGUGAAGUAAGGCUUUUCUGUACACAGUUUCAAAGAGAUUCUUCACCAUAUGCAAUGGAUAAAGAGGGAUAGUCAGUGAGGUCAACAUUCCACCUUCCGACCCCAAUCCUCCCUCCCAGACGAGGCUGUGUGUUGUGACGCUGCUGUGCACAUCGAGAUUCUAGAUUCAAACCGAAAACUUGUCGAAACCUUCUAAAUGACAAAAAGAAGCUUUUUUUCAUAUCCAACACCACAAAUAUGAGGGUUGCAGAUGCUCCUCAAUGUAUUUAAUCAUGAAAGGGUUCAAAUCUACUCGUAUUAUUAGUGAUGUCUUUAGCAUCUUAUCUUUCGAGUUUAAAGGCUGAAAAGUUUGAAUAAUCUGUGUUUUUAUUUUUUUCUUACUGUUUAAACUUAAACUUUAUUUUUUAAUCAAGUGUCUAAAAUACUACAGUUUGUUCACGGAGCGUAACAGCCAAUCAGAACGCUCUCUCACAUCCGCUCCUUGUGUUUGAUUAAAGUGUUUCAUCCAAGUCCUCCGGAGAGGAAACUCGUCUGAGGAUUUUAUUUGUUUACUGAAGAGUCUUUCGGACCUUUUUGUUUGAAGGUGACAAUUUUCUUCAUUGUUUGUAUUUUAACAAAUAAAUUUAACACCUGGGGAAAAGCCUUUUGAUUUCAAACCAAAUUAUCUUUAUUGUUCAGCAGAUGUAAAACUGGUCUUGCAUUGUGGUUUUUGGAAAGGAAUGAUUCAUUUAAGGUUUUCUGCUUUCAGUUGACCCGCUGAGAUAUUUCACACACACAGCCUCGACCACCCCACCCCCUGCAUAGACUAGGCAUUCCCACAGCAGCAGUUUUCUCUGUAGACGAAGACAUUUAGCAGCGACUGUCAGCUUGCAGCAACUAAAACAUGCUGAUUACACCCGAUGCAAAUGUAAGACGUUUUAUGCAAACAGCCGUUAAGUGGAAAAACAAUCCCUCCAUCACUACAGGUACCGGGUUCUUUUAUACCGCUGAUUACAUGAUGUAAAUAACAGAAAUGUGAAUGUUUCCUUUUUUUUUUUUUUUCAGAAUCAAAACCGUUUGAGUUUGUGGUAAAAAAAAAAACAACUACUCUCCUCCGUCAUGUUUUUAUUUUGAUUUUUCUACCUUUUUUUUUUUUUGGUUAUUUUUUCUGAUGUAUGUUUGUAUAUGACUAUCGAUGAGUGUGUGUGUGGUGUGUGUAAGUGAUCAAUACUGUAUAUCUGGUGUUCUCUAAGAUGGAAAAGACGAAGAUGUCCUGUUCGAUUCUUCUCUUCUUUUACUCUUUAGACCCUGCACAGUACCUGUGGGUGUUUUCAGAUAACUAUGCCGGAGAAUGGUUUUUAGCGACUGCUGAAUGUGAUUUUACUGAAAGAGAAGCAGUGUGGACUGGCUCUUUGUAUGGGUUAAUUUAAGAAAAAAGUAAAAGGCCAUAUUAUUUAAUUUCCUCUGUUGUCAAAAGUUUAAGCAGAUCUGGGAGAGUGGAGCCUUGGUUUUAAGGAGAAGCAUUGCCUGGUUGUUGCGUAGAUUCAUUUAAUUCUUUUAUCUGUUUUAGGUAGAUUUUUUUUUUUGCAUUUGUCAGUAGAAAAUGACCAAAGCUUCAACAUGUUAAAUGGAUUUCAUAUGCAAACCUCAUCACUGGACUACACAUAAAGUAGCGGCUCUUUUUUUCUGACACACCGCUGCGUAGCCUCGUUCUGCACGUUCGUCCUCAUCCUGCCUCGUGUUUGUUGGUCUUAAAAGCUGUCCACCGUUUAAUUUGUUGUCCUUCAAAGUGGCCUAUCUGCAUCAAUUCCUGUCGUGUCCCAAAGUUUGGUCGGUUUAGACGUUGCCAUUGAGGUCUUGGCAACAUGAAGUGCUACCACGUGUUAACAGGAAAACCAGAAACAUUGCUACCGUUAGCUAUGCACCUUACUUAAGCAUUUCCUAGUGUCUGUAAAUGUAACACUGGAGCAGCACUAAGCCAUCCACUGGUUUAGUUAACACAAACCCCCUGUCCACAUCUGAUGACCUCUCACCUUUCAGUCUCAUUCUUAAAGGUUAAAUAUACUUUGCCAUUAACUGAAUACUUUAUACCAAACUUGAGGUGCCUCCUGUAUAUACUUUUAGCAGUAAAGUUUGCGUCUUUGCUGUUUAACCUUGUUAACCAGGGUUUUACUUUUUUUUUAAACAAAAGCGCCCCCCCCCCCCCCCCCCCCCCCCCCGCAUUUUAAAGGUUUUCUAUAUUAAGGACCUUUUUUAAAUUUUUUUUUUUUUUUUACUCACAGAUGAAUCAGAUUAUUCCGGGAAUUUGCAAAUACAAUCUAAUUUUGCACUUUACAUCGUCUCUGCUCAGUGAAAAGGCCACCGGAAACUGUCUCAAUCAAAUCAGCGUUCGGAGUAACGUCCCAAAUAAACCGCUGUGGUGAUUUUAUUUAAAGUAGAACGAGUUGCUCAGGUCCUGCAAAGGGUUUCCGUCAUCAAAACAUCUAGAAAUAGUUCACGUCAUUGGCUGUUUGUAGUGUGAUGUCAUUUUCUGUUCCGUCUUUUGCACCAACCAGUCCUCAGUAUUAGUACUAUGCUAUUCUUCAGGUGACGUCCCGUCCCUCCUCUCUACGCUGCCGUCUGCUUCCAGGUGUACCGUUUAAAAAAAGCUUCCUUCAACUCUGAACAUUCCUGCUCAAAACCGGCGUUUACUUCCUUCCUGCAGCUGGAUGCUCGCUUUGUGUCAGAAGUCUGACUGUGUUGAGACUUGACCUCUUUCAGAAAACUGAUGUGCACUGAUGUAAAUGACAACACGUUAGUUGUGUCUCUGUUCCUCUCCUCCAUGGUUUGCUGCUUCCUUUUGUAGAGGAUCUGGAGGUAUCUGACACCAGGAUCAUGCUGGAAAAUGUUUGAAAUCUCACAAAGUAGAACAAGUUAGAAGCUUGGGUAUUUUUGCACCACUGAGACUCCAUAGUCUUUUUUUUAUAUAUAUAUUAUUUACCUCCAACUCAUUCCUAACGCAGGUCUUCAAAACAUAAAACACCACAGCAUCAGCUGAUAAGUAUUAUAAGUGCUGCCUUAUUGAGACGGGUUGGAUUUGUGGCGUAGGUUUUAAACGAAGGCUUAGUAUAUUUACUGACAUCUCACUUGUUUUUGUUUUUUAAAUCUGGUUGGUAAUGUGUUUUCUGGAAAUUUUUAGAAAUGAGACCAAGGUUCCACUUCCUCCCUUGUAAAAUUUAAUAUAAAUAGAUAUAUAUAUUAUACAUUUUACUCAUUUUGUCCAGUUUUGUAUAUCAUGUGAAGUUUGUUUUUAAAGAGGCAUCGGAGCAGCUAUUACAAGACAAUAUGAGUGACAAUGUUCAUCUGGGAGAAUUUUAUGCAUGUUGUAUUUUCUUUUCUUUCUUUCUUUUUUUUUUCAGAUUUUUUUUAACCGGCCUCCUCUUUUCAGGUGUGUAACGUGAAUUUAAAGAAAUCUACCUUUUUCUUUGGAAUGUUGUAGACAAUCAGUCUCAGGCCGGGUCCAGUCCCUGCGGGGAGUGAGAGCCCUGUAGGCUAACAGACAAACAAAACUUUUAUUUUCAUCUACUGGAAGUCUAAACUCGGAGGUUUGUUCUUUUAUAUGUUCGUGGCUGCUCAAGUUUACACAUACACUCACACACACACUUCUCUACACUCAAAACACACAAACACCUCGUGCAUUUGAUCCCUCUGCUUUUUUUUCCCAAGGUGAGGAUGCCAACCUUGUGGAAAUGAUGCUUUGACUAACAAAUCUAUAACAUCUAUGAAUGUGGGAAUGCAACACAUUGCUAUAAAAGCACCAUCUGAAAUGCAGAA